UUGAGGAGUACACCGAAUCGAAAUCCCAAAACAGUAAAACCCAGUCUUGAAAUUAACACUCUUUAUUGAAGUCAUUGGUGUCUAUCUAUAUAUCCUUCACUUCACCAUCAUCACUAUUCUUACCCUCAAACUUUCUUUCUUACCUCCCCUAUUCUUCUUCUUCUUCUUCUUCUUCAAUUCAAUUCAACCAUCACCAGAAAGUAAAGGAUUGGAGAUAUGACAGCUGGGAUCGCGAAUUAUGUAUUACCACCAUUCUUAAGCAAAACCUACGAUAUGGUUGAUGACUCUUCAACCGAAUCGAUCGUUUCAUGGGGUAAAAACAACAACACCUUCGUCGUGUUGAAUUCCACCGAUUUCUCCAAACACAUCUUGCCUAAAUAUUUCAAACACAACAACUUCUCCAGCUUUGUCAGACAAUUGAACACCUACGGUUUUAGAAAGGUUGACCCCGACCGCUGGGAAUUUGCUCAUGAAGGAUUUUUAAGGGGUCAAAAACAUUUGUUAAAGAAUAUCAAUAGGCGGAAAUCUACUCAUGCAAAUGGUAAUAAUCAGCAGCUAUCUAAGCCGCAGAACCCACCUGUUGGGUCAUGUGUGGAAGUGGGUAAGUUUGGGCUUGAUGAAGAGGUUGAAAGACUGAAAAGGGACAAGAAUGUUCUUAUGCAGGAACUUGUUAAGUUAAGACAGCAACAACAAUCGACUGAUAACCAAUUGGUAAAUGUUGGGCAACGUGUGCAAGUGAUGGAGCAGCGUCAGCAACAGAUGAUGUCCUUUCUGGCAAAGGCCAUGAAUAGUCCGGGCUUUAUGGCUCAAUUUUCACAGCAGCAGAAUGAAAGUAAUAGACAUGUUACCGCAGGUAAAAAGAGGCGGCUCCAGGGGCAGGAAGAAGAUAGUUUAGCCACCAAGAAUCCCCAUAAUCCUCUUGAUGGGCGUGUUGUUAAGUACCAGCCUUCGAUUAAUGAGGCUGCAAAAACAUUAUUUAACCAGAUGUUGCAAAUGAACAGUUCUGCAAGGGUGGAUUCCUCCAUCAAGAACCUUGAUGCAUUCCUUAUUGAUGAUGUUCCUUCGGCCAUUCCAUUAGAUAGCAGUAGUUCGUCCACCCAAGUUUCUGGUGUAACACUUUCUGACGUUUCACCUAUUUCUGGGCAGUCAUGUAUAGCAGUAGAAUCUCAAUUUCCUGUAAGUUGUAUGACCAAUAGCAUGUCUGAGGUACAAUCUUCACCUGCUGUGUUAACUGACUGUGUCAAAACUGCUGAAUUUCCCGAAUUUACAACAGCACACCAAGACAAUAUUUUGGAUUUUGGUGAAGUUCAUGGACUGGCUACAGAGAGCAGCUUCAUGAAUCCUGAUCAAAAUUUUGUGGGGUCUGUCGGUGAGAAUGAUGAGGAAUUGGAUGUGAUAUCAGCUGUUUUGGAUGGGACACAGUCUUUGGAAGCUGAUGCUUUUUCUUCUGAUGCGAAUGAAAAUUCCAAGCUUCCAGGAAUCAACGAUGAGUUCUGGGAACAAUUUUUUAGGCCAAGCCCACUUACUGGAGACACAGACGAAGUUAAAGGUAGUUCUCUAGGAUAUGGUUUGACUAAAGACCAGGAAUUGUCAUUAGCAAAGAAGAUUCAACAAGAAAAGAUGGAUAAGAUACAGCACAUGGACCAUCUUACUCAACAGAUGGAACUUCUUGCAUCGGACUCGACAUUGUGUAUAUAAUAUACUUAUAUAUAUGUUUUUUGCAACUGAAGAGGUUGAUGUCCUUUGCUACUGGAACGACAAAGCCGUGCUUCCUACUUCUACAAAAACACCUGAAAGAUAUCACACCAAAGAAAUUGUCCCCCACCCCGUUUCAUGUUGUACUCUAUUUGGGGGCCAAAAGACCAAAUGCAGUUUAAUUUCAAUUUCAUAUUUCCUUAUAUUUUGAAUUUUGACAACUCUGCGUGCUCUUCCUGACCAUGGUUAUGAUCAUAAUGAUGAACUCUGUAAACUCUUUCCUUUACUUUUCUCCUCCUACAGUCUAUCUCCUCUUCUCAUGUGUGUAUAUCAGCAGAGUGUUCUCUAUAA